AUGCUUAUCUCGCGAUAUCUCGCCAUUGCCCUAGGGAUCGGCCUCUCCCGAACCAGCAGCCGGGCCACAUUAGGCCCGCAGAUGACCCUCGAAGAUCCCGGCUGUGAUGGAUCAGGUCUCGUCGACCCAGACGGUCGCUGCAAUGGCGAUGGAAUCAUCCACGACCCGACCCCGCGGGACCGUGAGGGCUUCGAGUUUGAGAACCCAUCCACCGACUGCAAGUACGUGUCACAAAUGCAUAUUUGGGACUCCUUCAAGGAUUUGGAAAAGGACAUGAGCAAAUUGUUCACCCUGAUCCACAAGAACGUCACCUUCACCGUAGUCGGGCACCACCCAAUCGCCGGGCGCUAUCAUGAUCUGCUGCAUUUCUACGUCAAUGCAUUGCGGCGGGUCAGCGUGCUGUUCUUCGACCACGCCGACAAAUUCAAGAUCCACCCACAAGCCAUCCACGGCGGGUGUAACAGUCGGUGGUCGGUUCAGGAGAUCCAGUUCAAGGGCGUGAUGAAUUCCGGCGACGUGUUCGACAUUGUCAAUGUGUGGGUGACCCGCUGGUAUCGCAACCAAAUGGUGGAGAUUCGCACGUAUAUCGAUGCACCGCGCAUUAUGGACGCGCUGCACAAGAACGAGAUUUGGUGGAAUGGGACCACCGUGCGUGACAAUCUGCAGUACAUGCCGGGGCCGGCGGGGAUGCCGGAUCUCAAGCAGCUCGAGGGUAUGAUGGGCUAUCCCGACGGUCGAAAAUACGAUGACUGA